CCGUGCGCAGGCGCGGAGGGCGGGCGCGGGCGGAAUGGGGACUGCAGCGGCGGCAGCGGCGGCGGCCGGGGAGGGGGCGCGCAGCCCGAGCCCCGCCGCCGUGUCGCUCGGCCUGGGCGUGGCUGUCGUGUCGAGCCUGGUGAACGGGUCCACGUUCGUGCUGCAGAAGAAGGGCAUCGUGCGUGCCAAGCGGCGAGGUACCUCCUAUUUAACGGACAUUGUGUGGUGGGCAGGCACCAUUGCAAUGGCUGUUGGCCAGAUUGGAAACUUCCUGGCUUACACGGCGGUCCCCACGGUCCUGGUGACACCCCUGGGUGCCCUUGGAGUGCCAUUUGGGUCCAUUUUAGCCUCUUAUCUUCUGAAGGAGAAGCUCAACAUCCUGGGCAAGUUGGGGUGUCUGCUCAGCUGUGCAGGCUCUGUCGUGCUGAUCAUCCACUCCCCGAAAUCUGAGAGUGUGACCACGCAGGCCGAGCUGGAGGAGAAGCUGACUAAUCCAGUGUUCGUGGGCUACCUGUGCAUCGUGCUCCUCAUGCUGCUGCUGCUCAUCUUCUGGAUCGCACCGGCGCACGGGCCCACCAACAUCAUGGUCUACAUCAGCAUCUGCUCCCUGCUGGGGAGCUUCACCGUGCCUUCCACCAAGGGCAUCGGGCUGGCGGCCCAAGACAUCUUCCACAACAACCCGUCCAGCCAGCGGGCCCUCUGCCUGUGCCUGGUGCUCCUGGCCGUGCUCGGCUGCAGCAUCAUCAUCCAGUUCAGGUACAUCAACAAGGCGCUCGAGUGCUUCGACUCGUCCGUGUUCGGGGCCAUCUACUACGUGGUCUUCACCACGCUGGUCCUGCUGGCCUCCGCCAUCCUCUUCCGGGAGUGGAGCAACGUGGGCCUGGUGGACUUCCUGGGGAUGGCCUGCGGCUUCACCACCGUCUCCGUGGGGAUCGUCCUCAUCCAGGUGUUCAAGGAGUUCAACUUCAACCUGGGCGAGAUGAACAAGUCCAACGUGAAAACGGACUAGCGGGCGGCAGGGGCUGGGCUGGCGCGAGGAACGGGGAAGUGGGCAUGGUUUCUGGUCCCAACAGGGUGGGAGGGACAAGAGACCCCAAGUCACUGGGACUAGAGUUGCUCGUCUGUCAGGGAGCGGUCUAGUGGACGGGGCGGGGGGGCCUGGCCCUCUGUGGGCCCGAAGUUGCCGCGUGGUCGCCUGGGCGUCAUCUCUCUGAGCGGAAUCUCACGUGCAUCAUAACGAACCUGGAAGCUUUCAUGACUACCCUUUCUUUUCAAAUGUUUUACCAUUCUUUAAGUAGAAAACAGAGGCGGGCUCCGUGUGGUUAGUCCUGGCAGGCCAGAUGUCCCUCCUGGGACCAUCACUUUGGACGUGGAGUGUGUCGAACCUGACUCUGUACAGUAAAUGCAUCCGUAGUUGUGUUAUUUUGCAUUGAGCCUGUAUCCCCUCGCCCCGAUGAAGAGGCGUAUACAUUUCAUUGUUUCUAGCCCCCUGAGGAGCUGACUCUCCCUCCCCCACCCACCACACGCUGACUGCGGAUGCAGACAGGAGAGUGGCCGGGCCCACCACGCUCCGUUGCCAGGAGGACUCUCCGCAGCUUCGAUCAAUUUCAGUGCCUUUACCACUUGAACUGCUCACUUAAUUUGACUCGGACUGUGUGUAUGUUCUCUUAGCUUAGAGUAACGCCACCUCCUUGAGUAUUACUUCACUGUUUCACUAUUUAACAUGGAAAGGUGUCGAGUGGUUAUAAGUGACUGGAUAUUCGUUUGUUGGAAGACAGACUGAAGACACGUUAGAGCGAUCGACCCUAUGAGCAUGCAGUUCUUGCCCAACUAAAGACGGUUGACUUAGUAGCAUGAGGUCUUUUGUUUGCAUUCAGUCUGUGUAACUGGGAUCCAGUAUCAAGCAUACCCACGUUCUCUUUCAGCGACCACUGGGGCCACGCAGGAGAACUGAAUUAUUUAACUUGAUCAUCAGGCUGUGAGAGCAGAGGGUGACUGCCCAGCCCCGCACAUAUCAGGUUCCCUGUGGAGCGGGAACAAGCUAAGGGACACGGACAAGCUGCGGCCAGUCAACCGGGAGCGCCCAGCGGGAGAUGCAAACGAUUCUCCAGCGGAAAUGAGAACCAUUUCAUUUAGCCGGCUCCCUGUUGCGAGAGGUGGCGGAACCCCCUACAGUUACUCACCCGACUCUUCUUAAAUUUCUGAAAUACUGAAGAGCCAUUAAUUAUGCUGAUCUGUGGGUCAAAGAGACCAUUCAUCUGUUUAGAGUAACCUCCCCCGUGUAUCAAAGGGAACAAAGCGCAGAGUGAAGUGUUAUUUCAUCCAGAUACCGUGUGCUUCGCCUGCGGUGUUUUGUCUAAAUAGGCAGCUGUGCCGCCUUGGAGGGCGGGGCAGGGCGACGGAGAUGAGCCGAGGCAGAACAUGGAAUCUGAUAAUACCCAACUACAGUCAUUCACUAGAGAAAAAGUAUGCUUUUCCGGCCGAAAGAGAACAUUUCUAAAGGCCCAAGGAAUAGUAUCCUCAGGUGUUGGCCAAAGAGGCUGAGCAGAACGUGAUGCUCGCACAGAGUGAAGAACACAUUUGUGAAUUCAACGUCCAUGGGACGAUCGUGGGUUGUCAGUGACUCAUGAAGUAAGAGCAGCAACAACAUUAUUUAAACAGUUAAAAAAUAUCUAUUUACUGAUAGUUAAUAAAUGUUCAAAAAGUUCCUCACUCUUUCGAUCAGCUCGCAGAGGUUUGUUUUUUAAUCUCAGUAUUUUAAGGAAUGCAGGCCUUAAUUUAUGGAACUGAACUUUCCGAAAAAUCUAAUGUAGCCGUGUUAGUUUACUUUUAGGUAUACAAAUAGUUCCCCAGGUCAGGAUUCCUCUUUGAGAAAUUGAAAGAAUACGCAUGGCAAUACGCUUAUACUGAGAAAGGUACAAGUUGUGCCAAAGUUAUUGGUUUUGCUUUUUGUUACAACUUACCUAGGAAGCUUAGCUGAAACUCCUUUGUUGGUGUUCCUUAUUAUAUUUUCAUUCGCAAUUAUACCACAGGUACUCAGAGGAGAUGUUUUCAGGAAAAUCGUCUCCAUGAUUUUUUUAGAGUAAAACAAAACCCUCAAAGUGUUCAUGACGCACCUUCCUUUGAAGGCAGCUGGUCCCAGGCCAGGUGGGUCUCCCAAGUUCAUGUCUAGUCAGCAGAUGAUCUUGGUCGGAGAUGCAGCUUUCCUUCUAGUGGAACCAAGGUCACAUUGUCCAUGGCAUUUCACGUGUGGCACUCCACCCUCAGAGCAAUGGACGUGACCGGAGCUCUAACAGCCUAAUUGUCAACCUUGACUUCUGACUUGACCACAUUUCUCUUACAAGUCUGUGUGUCCAUAAUUCAUUUGGAAUGGCAAAGAAAAAAAGUUUGGAAGUGAGAGUUUCAUCAAGGGCCUGCAGGGGUCAUGGGUGUCUGCAGAAGUAAACACACAUAAAACAUUUUCAUUGUCAGCCUAUCCUUUGGGUUUUAUCUCUGAUAAAACGAAGAAAAAUACCUACUGUGUGCUUGUUUUCAAGCUGCCUUGGAAAUGUUUUUGAUCACAAUAUGCAGAUUUGCUAUGGAGAGAUACUUAUAUAGGCAUUUCUCUCCUCUCCUAACUUGGAUGAUGCCUUAUUUUCUCAUCAGAAUCUGGGCAUUUAAAAAGGUUGCUCACGGAUCAAGUGUAGACUGUAUUAAGGGUUCCUACCCAAACCAAGUCCCAUACCCUCCCCGGGCGUUGAGCUGUUCUGCAGGGUGGCUCUGUCUCUGCAGAGAAGGUUCUGGGGACAGGGGUGGUCAGCUCCUGGCAAUGUGUGGGGUGAGAUCUGCCCACAGUGGGAACUUCAGGGAGGACCCUCCUGGUUCAGCAAUAAGAAAUACUCCAAUUCCUACCUUUCCAGUCUGUUUGUCACACUGAGUUUCAUUUGCAAAAGUCCAUUCCGGCAGUAGCAGGUUGGUCUUUGUCUUUUCUCUGGGACUCACGUCUGCUAGAAAUGAGUGCUAUUACAGGAUACGGUCGCCUCUCCUUAUCCUUCCCCACAGCUCAGCUCUUGGUAGCUACGGGGCUCGCUUCCGGAGGACAGUUCCUAGACAGGUGUGAAGCACCCGAGGGGCAGCGUCUCCCAGGUGUGGGCGACCACUUCCGGCCCCGGGGCCCUGAGGCGUUAAAGAGCACAGGCCCCUGGCGUUGGGAGAGAUCCCUCUUUUCCAAGUUGCUGGACUCAUCUCCAAGAGCUGAGCAAACGCUGCUCCGGUAGGUGGCUGAUCCACACCUGCGGCUCUUUGCUGAUGUGACCUUAAUCUUGGCUUGGGCUUCCGUUGAAUGAGUAGACAACGGGGGAAGUGUACUUCUGUUCAGUGCUGUUCCCAACUGUCUGCUGGGCCCCAGGGGUCUGCAGGAGUCGUGCUCACUGUGUGGGACAUAGGUCACGCAUGGAGCAGGCUUGGAUGGAGUCUUGGUGUUCUGCUUUCUCAGGGACCACACAUGCAACAUUCACUCAUUAUCACGGGCCUUGCUUCCAAGAGUAUGUCUGUGAGUUUUUCACAUGUGUCACAUUCAUAGCUAGAGGUCCGUGAACGUGAGUGCAAAGGGGAAAGGUCAUGCGCACACACCAGUCACUCCACAAAAUGGUUUGUCAUAUCAAAUACCUCAAUAUUCUCACUUCCACCUCACAUUUGUACUGCUGAUGAACUUUAACAGUCAGCCCUUUAGCUUUCAGUGAUUUAAUUUUUUUAAAGAUUUUAUUUAUUUAUUUUCAGAGAAGGGAAGCCAGGGAGAAAGAGAGGGAGAGAAACAUCAGUGUGUGGUUGCCUCUCACACGCCCCCUGCUGGGGACCUGGCCGGCAACCCAGGCAUGUGCCCUGACUGGGAAUUAAACCAGCGAUCCUUCAGUUUGCAGGCCAGCACUCAGUCCACCGAGCCAUGCCAGCCAGGGGUUUUUGGUGACUUUUUACAUCUAACCGGAUUCUUAUACCUCCAUUGUGUACCUGCAAAGAUUAAGAAUAAUAGUGAUGGGAAGAAGGAUUUGACCCAAUAUCACGCCUCAUUUAUUUUCAUAUAAGUUUCUCACAUGCUGAUAAAUGCAACAAAAGAAUUCUAUUUUAAGAAAAUGUAACCUUGUUACAUAAAAAAAAUAAUCAUCUAGUAAAAAGGACAUACUCAGUAGAACAAGGAUCGUGUAAAUAACAUCUAUUUCUAAUGUAGCCAGUGGGAUAGGAACAUAGGCUAGAGCCCAGAGCAUGACCAGGGAGAAGGAUUUAUUAGUUCUUUUCUCUAUUUGUUCUUGAAUCGUGCAACUCUAGGUGAGUCACUUUACCUUUCUGUGCCUCAGUUUCUCUACCUCUAAAGGGUUGGGUUGGUUCUCCAAAUCGACUGUCCGAGGGUGCUUGUACUUGAGCCGGUGCCAGCAGCCUCGGGUGACAGUGUCAUGUGCAGGAUGGCCUGGGGGUGACCAGGAACACUCGUCUCAUCCGGGCCUCCUGUCUGCUCAGGACGAGGCUGUGGACGUGCAGCUUCAAGCACUGAAUAAUAAGCAAGGGAAGCGCUGGCUGUGAAGUUUGCGUCAUUUCAUGAAGCUUUAGUUUUCUUCUUUGUUUAUUUUAAGAGGAAGAAUGUUCUAUGUUCCACUGUAAAAUAGGGAGGUUAAAUGGGGACUUGGAAAGCAGUGCUGAAUGGUCACACUCUGAUGGGGUGAUGCGCUUCUUCGGCAUCCUCCGUAGGUUUCUGUUCUGCAGGAGAUUCCACGGCUUGCAAACCAGAUCGACUCUGUUGUGUGAAACGUGCUGUGAAUGAUGCUGAACUUCGUGCUUUCCAGCCACUCCGCCCCGACAGCGGACUGCCUGACACCAGGUGACGGUCUGGCGCUGCUGGACCACUAGUGCCAAAGGAUCUCUUUGAAAAGUUUGGCAUUUCUUUUACUUAUCAGCCUAGAAUACUUUGCUCCCCCCCCCCCACCUUCUGUUGGUGUUUUUGCACUUUGAAAAAAUUUAAGGUUGCUAGUUUUUGAGAACCAUUCCUGAGUCUUUUUCAUUCACUGUUACUUCCUUAUAAAAGGGAACAUAAUCAUGAAAGAGAAGAAGACGACGAAAUUUAAACAAUGUAAAAUGUGGACGGGUUGCAUUCAAAGGUUUCUCAUGUAAACGUCCCGGGAGCUUCCGAUGACCACGCUCACACAUUUGUCAAUGGCUGACUUGCUUACAUUUUGCUGUAUAGAACUAGUCAUAGCAUGUAAUUGCCUUAUGUAAAUAAAAAGGCUAUUUGUUAAGUUUUCCAAUAUUUAUUAAUCUGGAUGUGUUUUAAAAUAAAAUGACAUUUCUAGCCGAA